GUGAAGGGAGAAGCUCUCUGUUCCGAAGUCGAUAACAAAGUGUCAGUAGUCAGAAUCGACCCGAGUGGAGGAUCAGACCCGAGCGAGCAACUAUGAUCGAGCAUCGGAAGAGCAUGACCUUAUUGGCCCUGGCGGCCCUGUUGGCCUCUGUUGAGGCAGGGACGCCCUUGUUGGGUGCACCACCAUGUCCCGAUGGUUUUGGCGUCCAUACGUAUCCUCAUCCUCAGGAAUGCAAUUCAUUCUUUCUAUGUGAGAACGGCACCCUUACCCUCGAAUACUGCGAGAAUGGAUUACUUUACGAUGGUCGUGGAUCGGUACACAACCAUUGCAACUAUUACUGGGCUGUCAAUUGCGAGGACCGCAAGGCUGAACUAAUCCCAAUUAGCCAUCCUGGCUGCGAAUUCGCAUUCGGUCUCUACCCCUCAAGCGAUGAAUGCAGCACUCAUUACAUAAAAUGCACAUUCGGAUACCCUGCAGAAGAGCAGUGCGAUGCGGGAUUAGUUUACGACGAGAAGAGUCAUACUUGUGUGUGGCCCGAUCAAUUGAUACCUUUGUGCAACCCCGAGGAAGUGGUUGGCUUUAAGUGCCCGAAAAAAAUACCCAAAAACAGUCCAGCUGCUAAGUUUUGGCCUUACCCCAGAUUCCCUGUACCCGGAGACUGCGGUAGAUUGAUCACCUGCGUCAAUGGCCAGCCUCGAUUGCUCACGUGUGGUGACCACAAACUUUUCGAUUCUGUGACUCUAACUUGCUUGGAUUCUAAAGAAUUACCUCACUGCGCCAAAUAGUUCUUAAAUUUACAUAGAAAUGUCAGUCAUUUGUUUUUGAAAGUCAGUCUUCGAAUUUCUGAAAUAGGAAGUCUUCAUUUCCUUUUGCUUCUUAACGUCUGACUAAAAGUUUAUUGAAAUAAUCAUGAAAAGAUUUACUUUUUUAUCGAUUAAAAAUACAACGCUGUCUUUUCUAAAAAUAUACGGGAAAAUGAUUAUGUAAUCAUAAAAAUAACGACAUGUAAAACGUGUACUUGAAUAAAAAGUGGUCAUGCGUAGAAAAAAA